GUGAUGAGACCUUACUACAACAUAUCUACAAACCCAAACCAAAACAAAGAAAGCAAAAGACAAUGUGACACAAAAACACAUGCAUAUGAUCAUACAUAUUUCACAAUCACACAUUACACUUUCCAAUUGCCAUAUACUAUAUAUAUACACUAGCAUAUAUAACUUGACAAUUUCAUUUUGUGACAUUUAAUUUUCAACAUUUUCUUUGUUUCAUUUUGAAGUCCUAGCUAGCUAGCUAGCUAGAUGGACUCUUUAUCUCCGUCCGGAAGUCAAAACGGGAGAGAGGCUCGUCGGCGCUAUUUAACGAAAGCGUUGUUCAAAGUGAACAUUCAAAACAGUUUGGGGCCGGUGCAGGUGGUGAUGCAGCCGGAAAACACCGCGGCCGAGCUGACAAAGGCGGCAAUAGCCGUUUACGUGAAGGAGAGGCGGCGGCCGUUGCUCGGGAGUGUUGACCCCGGUUGCUAUGACCUUCACUAUUCCCAAUUUAACCUCGAAAGUCUGAAGCCAGAGGAAAAGUUGGAGGACUUGGGGUCACGCAAUUUCUUUCUAUGCCCAAAAUUCAAUCUUGAAAACACUAAAUAAAAUUUGCAGUCAAUAAUACCUCCAAUAAGCAUUCUUCAGUUUUAUAAAUCUAGGACAUAAUUAAUUUGGAUAGUUUGAUGUGAUUGGAAAGGUUGAUCAAAGGCAUAUUAUCCGUUUUCUGUUUAUUGGUAGGAUGAUGAAAUUCAAAUGAAAUUGUAUGAAGUAUGAACCAACUACCAAGGUGCCAUUACCGAACUUAUUGUUAAUGUUCACCUGUUAGAAGAGUUCUUACAAUUCAAUUGUUGGUGAAUAUCAUUUUGUUUCUUACAAUAAAUAUAAGUAUAUUAUCAUUAUUUGACACAAUCUAAAUAUAGCAAUGCAUUUAGUGUUUCCCGCUAAUUGCUAAAGGCGUUACUAUCUAUUUUGCUCGAGAAGUUCACCCCACCGCCGGUGUGAAUAUAUGUACAUGAUU